AUGCUUCGUCGCACACGGCAUCGUGCGAUCUCGCAGUACAACUUUGGUCAGCCGUCGCUGACGAAGGCCUUCGGCCCCGUGCCGCGCGAGGGCCAGGCGGCGAAGGCGGGGAAAGUAAUGUCGACAAAACUCCCGAACGGGGUGCGCGUCGUGUCGCACGACCUGGACGGCGCCCACUGCGUCGUCGGGGUCUACGUGGACGCGGGGCCAAAGUACGACCCGCUCGGCUGCCCCGGCCUGAGCCACGUGAUGCGGUACGCCAUCCAGACGUCCAACAUGGAUAGCUCGCUGUUUCAGGUGGACCGCGCGAUGCGCGCCGCGGGGGCCGCCUACGGCCAUGGCGAGAUCUGCAAGCGGUACGUGCACUGGAAGAGCGAGGGGCGGCGUGACAUGUGGGAGCGCCCCUUUGCGAUGCUCGCCACCGGGGUGGUCGCCCCGCGCUUCCACGAGAGCGACGUGGAGCGGUUCCGCGACACCAUGGACAACCAGCGCGAGGAGCUGCGAUGGCAGCACCCGCGCGAGUACUGCGUGGACGCCCUCGAGACGGUGGCAUUCUUCAAGGAGCCACUCGGCGCCCCUCGCAUGGUGCCACCGGAGGCAAACGACCGCUGCAACCAGAAGGCGCUAGUGGAGCACUGGGCGAAGCACUUCCACCCCGGCAACGUCACUCUGGCGGCCGUCAACGUCCCGCACGACGCACUGCUGGCGGCUUACGCCUCACUGCCGUAUCCGCACUCUGCGGAGGCCCCGCAUCACGCGAAGUCGCGUCAGCCAACCUUCUCGCACGCGAGCGAGUCCACGCAGUUCUACCCUGGCCGUCAGCAUGUGGUGUACGAGGACCGCGCCAAGGCGAUGGGCACGGUGCCCGACAUGAACCAGGAGGUCAUCGCCGCCCUGGCGGUCCCAACCUUCGGCCGCGAUGAGGAGGUAAAGAAGUACGCCACGGCGCUCGUGGCGCGCGAGGUGUACCAGGCCGCCAUUGACCGGGCCUUGCCGGCCGCCCUCGCCACGUCGCAGGGUGUGCAGUCGUUCUACCGUCCGUAUUCCUCCGCGGGCCUCCUCGGCGUCACGCUCCGUGGUGCCCCGCAGGAGGUCAAAAACCUACUAGACGCCGCAAGGGGAUGCUUCCCAGCGAAGGUGACGGAAGACGAGGCUGCCGCAGGACGCGUUCGUGCCACGAUGGCCUUUACGCGGAAUCACCUAGAGAUGGUGCGAGACUACUGCGACUUUAUUGCGACCUCCAGCUCCACUCCGCAGCAGAUGAUGGAGGCCAUCGGAGCAGUUUCGGCAGGAGACGUGGAUGCGGCUUUGGGUGCCGCAGCCGCCGUGGCGCCGGCCGUCUUCGCCACUGGCUCAACCUUCACCUUUCCGAAGGUGCCGAGCCUCAGGAAGGACAAGUAG